AUGGCGGCACCAAGCACGUCGAAGCGUCUGCUACACGAGCUUACGGCGCUGCACAAGCGCCGAGCAGAUGCAGACGAUCUGGUUGCAUACCUCGCGCCAGCCACAGAAGACAAUCUGAUGGUUUGGGAGGCAGAGUUGCACGCACCGCGCGACGGCGUCUACAGCGGCGGGCGUUUCCGCAUUGCGAUCCAAGUUCCAGCGGCGUACCCCACCAAGCCGCCCGUGAUGCGCUUCAAAACGCCCAUCUUUCACCCGAACGUGCACUGGAAGACGGGCGAAAUUUGUUUGGACGUGCUGCAGUCGCAGUGGUCUCCUGCCUGGACGCUGCACAGCGCGUGCACCGCGGUGCUUGCGCUACUCGACGUGCCGGAGCCCGAUAGCCCGUUGAAUGUAGACGCGGCGAAUCUGUUCCGGCACGAUGCGGUCGCGUACCGGGGUUUGUGUGGAAUGUAUGCCAACGUGUAUGCUAUGUCCGGAACUACGUAG